AUGGCUGCCAAGUGCAAAGCUGGACACAGAAUUGUUCUUGGCUCGGAUAUUCAAGAAAUUCUACUGAAACGAGUAGGAGAGAUGAUGUCCCCCAUUCCGAAUCGUGCUGAGUAUUGCGUUGUCAUUUUCCGAAGCGAGUUAGCGCUCGAAAAACUUGUCGACGCUGUCAACACUGUGGGGGAGCCUGAUAUCAGCUCGUUAAAAAUUCCGAUCGGAGUGAGUGAUGGCGAGGAUGCCGUGGAGAAAGCGGUGACUGAAGCAGUGGCUGAAUGCACGGCCGCGCAGGCUACCAUGAAGCACCCGAGCGUGCGGUGCGACGGUUGCAACCAAAGUCCCUUGCGUGGCUUCCGAUUCAAGUGCUUCACAUGUCCGAAUUAUGACCUAUGCAUGACCUGCUACAUGAAUCAGACCCACAACUUGGAGCAUCCGUUUGUCCGUCUAACGGAUACACCUGGCAGUGGUGACCUGCUACAACCACGCUCCAAGGGAGGAAGUGUUGUUCCCGAGACGGCAUUGGUUGGAUCUAAACCUUGGAAGGGAAACUUGCUUCGUGUACUUCUCGACUCCCAAGGUUACGCUGUCUAUUGUUCUGGCAGUCGAAGCAAGUGUUGCGAUACUGCUGAUGCUCUCGCGCAGCUCGGGCUCUUGGUGACAGUGGCUCACGCAAACGAUGUUGUGAAUGUUGAUUAUUCACAUGAUUGGGAAAAUCGAGUUCAGUUCUCGUUUGAGCCUGGUUCUUCGAGACUCUCUCGCCGUUCGACCUUGUCAGCUGAGAAAGGUCCAGCCAGAAGAACUAGCCGAGAUGUCGUCAACGCCUUUAAUAGGAGGGCGGCUCAAGUCAACUUGAUGGAACGGCAGAACGGCGAACAAAUCGAAGACAAGCGAGCGUUGGCUUCGGAGAUGGUCACUUUGCUACGUUUAAUGUCGUCCAAUCGACCAACAAUGCCGAAAUGGCGUAGCAGCACUUUGAAAAUACUCACCGAAAUUCUAGAAGAUGCUCCUCGCCAGCUUGCGGUAGUCGCUGAUUCGGCUCCCUUUCCAAGUGAAGCGUACUUCUUGACUGUAGGCGCAACCCAGGUUCUUGGUGGGUUCCGCGAACCUUUACGUGUUGGCGGAGUUGUUUCAUUGUUGGGGUAUGCUGCCGACAAAGCUAGAAGUGGACAUACUGGGGUGAUUUAUUCGUACGCUUUCGGCAACGACGACAUUAUAAUUGCAACUAUGGAUUCUGCCGAAGGAACCAGAAAUGGGGAAUCUGAGAGCGAUGAUGAUAUUAUCUUCUACCAGCAUACAACCUCAGAGGUUCGAGCUGUUAGCGGAAUCUCUCUUGACGAAGACGCUAUUCAAGCGCUUGAACCGCUUGUGGUUUCGUUUUGCUCGGUGGUAAAACAAAUUUACGUGUGGACAACGGAAGGGGCGGAUGCCGAUUCGGAAGAAGACGAUGCUUCCUCAGCUGCAUCUCUACUGCGUUGGGAGUUGGCAUGCGCUCUUAUUCAAGCUUUUGCUUGCAUGGCUCCCGCUUGGCCAUCGCUGUUCGAUAACCAGGUGAUCUCUACAAAUGGCAAUUGUCCCGCGAUUCUUUUCCAGCUUGCGCAGUUGUGUGUGCGAGACUUAAAGGUGGAAGACAUCGCAGUCAUGCGUGCCAGGCUAUGGCAAAUGGAGUGGCUCCGCUCACGAGAAAUGCAUUUCUCACUCGCAACGCGACCGAUUUCAUCAAGCUCCUUUUCGGCUUGCGACGAGAAAACUUCUGUUCUUCGACCACCAAUGACCGCCCUUAACGAGUUAUCCUCUUCUUCGGGAACCAGCAGUGAUGGACCGAUGUCGUUGCCUGACCCAUCGGAGUAUUUCUACAAUCUUUACGCGUUUUCAUCCCGCACAGAUUUGCCGCAACAUUCGGGGCGAAACAAAAUGCUGGAGUACUGGGAGAAAAAUGUGAUACCAGCGAUUGAGACGUACGUGUCGGGAUCUUUCAAGAGUUACGAAAUGGACUACUUCUUCGCUCAGCUACGAGAACCGUUACGGGAAGGCAACGCAGCCGCUGCACUGAAAAUUGCGUUCACACUCUGCGACGGCCAUGUACCAUCCGGCUGCCAUUACCCAAAUCCAGACACAGAUUGGUCCGCGCUGCAAAUUGAUGAUGUGGAAGUUGGCGGUCGAUAUGUAAUUGCUUCUGAAAAUGUAGAUGUUGCGGGCUGGUCGCGAGGUAUGCUGUGGACUUUAGGUCACUCUGGUGUUGUUCGAGUUGUCAACCCGUCUGGCAUGGUGCUGCUUCAGCUGGUGAACCCUGUGACGUCAGCUAGUGAGUACUGGUGGUAUAAUGUUGACAGUCUGCGUUCGAAAUCGUCGGUUACGUCAGUCUCGGAGCAAUCAGUCACAGACUUCGAGGCGAGCAGGGUGAGGCUUAAGGUGAUGGACCAACAACUCAUCUACAGCUUAGCACGGAAGAGCGUAUUUGAUUUACUGCAAGUUGCUCCUGAACAUGCCAUGAAACUAUCGAUCGAGACAAGAAAAGCAAGUCUGGUUCGAACAAGCUCGUCGCCUUUUCCGUUGCCAUCCUCGUCGCCAGCAGCUCAUUCUCAAACACCCAAGGCAAUGCAGCUAGCUGCACCGCUCCCCAAGAACCUGGACAGUCACUAUAAUCUGGCUGACUUGCUCAAACUAGCUGCAGCAGCUGAUCUUGGAUGCCCUGAAAAGGUGCUGUCUUUCGAGAUGGGAACAGUUUUCGAAUCGGCAAUUGGUGGCUCGACUGACAGCAGCACCAGCAGCAACCUUUAUUUACGACCGAAAGUGUCUUCAAGGACGGCAUUAAUCACGGUGUUGCAGGCAGUAUUAAACAAACAGUUUGAGCAUGCUGCUGCCAGUCCUCUGCCCCCAGUCAUGGAUCGAUCAACAUCUUACGAUGAGAACGCCAGCGUUAUGGUAACAAAGCCGGCGAAAAAGCACAAGAAGCGUGGGAAGCAUGGAGCCCUUACUGGUAAACUAGCUGCAGCAACAUACGGUGGUGCCUCCUCUGUUGCUGCUUCGGCCACGUCGACGUCAGCGGCAGGUUCGAACACCUCCUUAAAAUCUUCACAACCCAAGCUGCAACAACCCGAAGUUAUUCCUGCACUUUCCACACGGAAGUACCGAUACUUGCUGAUGGAGGCGCUACUAGCUGAGCUAAAAGCUAGUUUGGACUUGUCCAGUGCUUUUUUGCGAAGCAGAUCCUUUAUGGUGACCAGUGAUAGCCCACCGCAACCAUCGGUUCUCAUCCACGUGCCCGACGCAACCUGCUUAGUGCUAUCUUUCGCGGUUCAUCCCGUGCUGAUGGAUCUGCCAGCAGGCAGCAGCCUGGAGUUCUUCCGUGACGAGAGGUGCACAGAUCGCUUGUUCGGGUACUUCGGGGAUAAGCGUGGACUUAGCUAUCUACCACCACUCGUCGUCCCAGGCGAUAAAUGUUAUGUACGGAUGUCCCAGGGAACGUACGCUCGGUACAAGUUUCGUGUUGAUGCUUUCACGGCCGAUUUUGGACUGGCGCUUUGGUUAUGUGAGGAGAUUUACCAGAAGUUGCUGUCAGUACAGCUUUCUCAUUACGAAGUGGAGACCGUAUUGACAACUGCAUUGAAUGCGCUGGUCGAGUACCUCAUAGCGACUACGGGUUGCCUCCCGUCAAAUGCGAAGACCGCUGUUUAUCAGAUCACCACAAAGCUGAUCAACUUUGCGUUAGGCAAGGGGGCUAUGCACGCUGUCCCCAUUGCGAAACUCUCGAGCCUGGUGAAAGAGCUAACGUUCGUGUAUGAUAACGAGCGGACCACUCAAAAGGGACUUUAUUCUCUCUUUACGCAGCAGCUCGCUGAGUUAAUUUCCUUGGUUGAAGAAGUGUCCUCGCUGAAGGGUGGCUCGUCAUCAAUACUUGGAGGCACAUGGUGGAAAGAGUACGUGCGAAUGGCGGUGUUUACAAGAGUGUUGACACAAGGAAAGCGAGAGAUUGCUACUCCUGACGCUUUCAAGCGAAUUUACUGUGGUCGUGCACCUAUUCGAGAAGUCGAGGCAGCGCAUAGUACGCUGUCGUCUCACGACUUGUUCGGCGAAAGGAUAAUCUUUUUGCAGAACUUGCCCCGUACAUCGAAUGUUGCGGACUUGGAGGCAACCGUGUCACGGUUCCUUGUGCACCUGGCUUUGGAGGAGUGUGGAGAAGCGGAUGACCAAAACGUGUAUUCGGCCGCAACAGUCACCCGGUUUGGUAUUGUAUCCAAUAUUCUCUAUAUGCCAACUGAUCAGGAGGGACAAACUCUUGGUUAUGCGAUGGUGGACGUUGGUCGAUCGGAUGUUAUCGCAAACUUGCUAGCUCGGAUUCCGAAGGAAACAUUCGAGUUCGAGGGCGGAAUUCCGACAACUGAAGAUACUGAACUACUAGCGAAGAUUGACGCUGUGUGCCGACCCCCUGAUACCUCAAGCAGUAAUUCAAGCGACGGAAGUGUCUGUUCUGGUGAUGGCGCAGACCCAAGCAGUGACGCUUGGGCUUGUAGUGUAUGUACGCUUGAAAAUGCCCUGUCCGACGUGGAGUGUGCUGCAUGCGGUUCUCCCAUACCCCCUGAACUCGCAAGUCUGGCUAGAGAAGUGCAGGCGCAGUCACAGCCCCCAGCGACACCACACGCGUCAGCUGGAUCUGGUGAUGCUGCCGCAGUUGGUUGGGCAUGCACUACUUGUACCUUUGUAAACAGUUGGACAGACACGAACUGUGACGCGUGCACGAUGGAACGGAGCGCAGAUCUAGUACCCCCUUCCGGCGGCGGGAACGACACUGGAGACGAUGGUACGAAUAGUGAUGGAGGCCCAAGUGGUGCAGACCCUGAUGGAAGUACGCAAUACAAGCUGAAUGCUGCUCGGCUUGUGGACAUGGUACGCGUAGCGGAUAGUACUGGUGAGGUUCCUGUACAAGUUACCGGGUUCCUACGCCACAGAUUGCUUCAGAAAACAGUACUAGGCAACGGCACUGUAACCGGUGUGUCUGUCGAGCUUCACAGUGCGCUUACACGAGAAGCAUCUCAGUACUGUUCAUCAACGGAUAGCAAACUGGCAAUAGACGCAUUCGCUGCGCUUGUUGGUAUGAAGAAGGGACGUGGAUGGGAUGCAAUGUCUAGUGAGGAGCGAGCGAGCGAGUUAAUCUCGGCUGAUGCCUUAGCGAAGAUCGUCGAAAAGCCUCUCGCAGUGUACAAGUGGAUGCGAUCAUCUGGUUAUGAUCUUCAAUUUGAGCUGAGUCACUAUGGGUCCAAGGAUGACGCAAUGGCAGCACAAGCGAAGUGGUCACAUCAGAUGGAUUGUCAACUAAUUGCAGUGACCCGGGAGCUCAGCGGGAGAAUGGGUGUGCUUAUGCUGACGGAUCUGUGCCCAAGUCAUUUGAGCGCAAAACAUGCUCGUGAGUACUCAUUGCUAGCGUCGCUUGAAACUCGAGACUUGCGACUACGGUUCUCAGUGCUGCAGUCACUCAACAAACUGUUGGUGGGAGCGUUGCCUCUUGUAAACCUUCGUUUAUGGAGUGACCCAAGUUCGUUACGUAGUCGCAUUGUGUCGAUACGGCAGCUGAUUUUCCCUGGAGUCAAGAUUCGAUUCUUCGCGCAAACACAAGAUAACAUCACAUUGGCGCACUCGGCGUUUAUUGAUAACAAUGCUAAGCGCCCCAUGGUAACGAUUGACCGGAGAAAGAUCGCUGGUAAACGUGGUGGAAUUAGUUACAGCGGUACGGACGCCUCGCCUCCGUCGUUGACGCUGCGUGAUCCCAAGCGGUCACUGUUCGCGUCCACGAUGAAACAGCUCAGCGCGAUACCGCCUUCCUUGUUGCGAGCAAAGCGGCCUACAGGUGCAAGCGAUCCUUUUGUAUCGUUUAUUGUGAUCUUCGCCGGCGAAAACGUGGUGGGCGAAGGAGGGCCGUACCGGCAGCUCUUCAAUGACAUUUCAAAUGAGCUACUCGCCAGCGGGAACCCGCUAUUCAUUCCGACGCAAAAUAAUGUGAUGAAGGCCGGCGAGUUCCGGGAGCGCUUCAUGCCAAAACCAAGCAGCACAUCAAAGGAGUUGCUGCAAAUGUUUGAGUUUGUCGGAAUUCUGAUGGGUUGCUGCUUACGAACGGGUGUACGACUCAACCUUCGCUUGGCGCCUCUCGUAUGGAAAAUGCUGGUGAAACAGAACCUCGUCCUGGCGGAUCUCGAAAGUGUGGACCACUCGUUGUGCGAGAGCCUCAAGUUCCUCGAGGAGCUAGCUUCCACCCCGAGUGAAGGUCCCGACGAGGUGCUCUUUGAUUCAUUCACCACGACACUCAGCGAUGGCACAAUUGUGGAGCUCAAGGAGGGAGGACAACAUCUUCCGGUUACAAAGGCAAAUGCGAAGGAAUAUAUCCGGCUAGUAAAAGCGACUCGACUGCAGGAAUGCAAGCCUCAGGUGGAUGCAAUGCUGCGCGGCCUCGGCAAGAUCGUACCGGUGCAGUCGCUGCAGCUGUGCGUUUGGUCUGAGCUGCAGCAAUGGGUGAGUGGCAGCCUCGAAAUCGAUGUCAAACUGCUCAAGAGGCACACUCGCUACUCGUCUGGCAUGAGCCCCGAGCAAUUCCCGCACCUUGAGACGUUCUGGAAGGUGCUAUCCAGCUUCAGCGAGGAGAACAAGCGUCGCUUCAUCAACUUUGCUUGGGGGCAGGACACCUUGCCCGCGGACGACGCUGAGUUCGAUCGCACGCACACGCGCUUACUGAUCAAGGCUCCGCCUCAAGAUGAUGGAGUGAACCAAGAUGCGCUUCUACCCAAGGCGGACACGUGCUUCUUCAACAUCGAACUGCCUGUGUAUUCGAGCGAGGAAAUCAUGCGAGAGAAGCUACUUCUGGCUAUUACUCUGUGCACUAGCCUCGAUGGCGACGAACAGGCUGCAGGACACGAUAUUUAUUACGCUGGUGACGAAGUUGACGACGAUGGCAUGGAGUAA